ACGCUAUUUAAAUUUCGAAAUUAUACCAAUGAAAAACUCCAAAAUGAAAUCAAUGGCGAUAAAGAAAGAAGAAAUGGAGAAAAAAGAAGAAGAAGAAGAGGAGCCGAUGAGUCCCACCGGUCGAAUGAUGCUAGCCCCCAAAUUCAAUAUCUUCAUAAUAUUAUUCAUGGGUUAUUACUCCAAAAUCGAUCCCAUUUUAUUCAAGAAAUGCAUCCACCAAACUCUCCUCAAGCACCCUCGUUUCUCCAGCAUCCUCGUGGCGAGCGGGGCCAGUUUCCGUUGGAGGCGGACCGCGGUGGACCUUGACCGCCACAUCUUCGUCCCGGACGUGGCCGCGGCCACAGAAUCUCCGGACGAGUUCGUGGCGGAGUACGCGUCGAGGCUGUCGGAGAUUCCGAUGGACGCGGUGGCGAAGCCGCUGUGGGAGUUCCACGUGCUGAACGUGAAGACGUCGGACGCGGAGGCGGUGGUGGUGAUGAAGAUCCACCACUCCUUAGGCGACGGCGUCUCCCUCGUUGCGCUCACCCACGCCUGCUCCAGGAAGCUCGACGAUCCCGCCUCCUUGCCGGUGCUUCCGCUGCCGUCCAAGAAGCGCCGGGAAGGCGGCAGCGGCGGGAGAGGAUUACUGAAAUUCAUUUGGAUGGUUGUUUUGAUUUUGUUUUAUACAUUGGUGGAUGUGGCGGCGUUUGUUGCGACGUUGCUGUUUCUGAGAGACGUGAAGACUCCGGUGGGAGCCGGGCGCGGCGUUAGGCUCAGCCGGAAGAGAUUUGCGCAUAGGAUCGUUAGUCUUGAAGAUGUCAAGUUUGUCAAGAACGCCAUGAACGUGAGCGUUAAUGAUGUGGCCCUCGGAGUAACGGAGGCCGGCCUCAGUCGUUAUCACAACUCAUUAUACGUGAAGAAUGGAGAAAAAGGGGGAGAAAACAAUCUACCGAAAAAUGUAAGUAUUCGAUCAACUGUGGUGUUUAACCUCAGACCAUCUCCAACAAUUGAGGAUUUGGCUGAGAUGCUGGAGAAAGAGGAGUUGAAUGGGAUGUGGGGCAACGUAAUAGCAAUAGUUCUUCUUCCAUUCAGUAUUGCUUUGCAAGAUGAUCCAUUAACAUACAUUCGUAGAGCUAAAUCCACCAUGGAUCGAAAGAAACUAUCACUUGCUCACCAAUGCGCCUGCAUUACCAUGAAAUUAACUAGCUCUUUCUUCGGAAUCAAGGCAGCAGCGCGUUUGACUCGGGCUGUUUUCCGAAACACAACAUUUACUUUCUCUAAUGUGAUGGGUCCCACUGAGGAGGUCAAUUUAUUUGGACAUCAUUUACGCUACAUUGCGCCUUCUGUUUGCGGAUUUCCUCAAUCGUUGAUUAUCCAUUACCUAAGCUACAAUGAUAAAAUAAUAAUUUCUAUCGGCGCUGAUGAAAAGUUGAUCGCAAAUCCUGAUCAACUAUGCGAUGAUUUGGUCUGAUCUCUUCAAAACAUU